UAAAUAAAACGUAUUACCAUUCGACGAUUCUCUUCCACUCUUACCCGAUACAAACAAGAUGGCUGAGGUUGUUGAACUCCAGAAAUUGAAGUUGGCUGAGCUGAAGCAAGAGUGUGCUGUGAGGGGAUUGGAUGUGAAAGGAAACAAAGCUGACCUUAUUGGCCGGUUGCAGGCGUACCUUGAGGAGCAUGAAGAUGAGGUGAAUGAAGAGGAGGUUUUGGGAGAAUUAGAGGAUGAUCCUAAAGAGGAGGAAAUCAUUGAAACCCCCGCAGAAGUGGUAGCUGUGCCUGAAAAGGAAGCUGAGAAGAAACUUGUUAAAAUCACUGCCCCGACAGCUGCGGAUGAGAGGCUGCAGAAGAGGGCGGAACGUUUCAACCUGCCUGCUACUGCUGAUAGUAAGAAGGAGGCCCGCGCUGCCAGGUUUGGUUUACCAGCUCCCACGCAGUCUUCCACACCAGGUGCUGCGGUAGCCAGUAGUAAACCGGCUGUCAGCGUUGAGGUUUUGAAGAAGCGGGCCGAGCGCUUUGGCAUGAAUGUCUCCCCUGUUGCCAAAACGGUUGAAGUUGAUGAGAAGCUGAAAAAGAGGAAGGAGCGAUUUGGGAUUCUCACUGCUGCUGCUGCAUUUGGGGUUGAAGAUAGUGAGGCAAAGAAGAGGAAGCGAGCCGAACGAUUUGGAAAUAUUUGAUGAUUUUUUUUUUUAUAUAUUUGAUUUUGUAUUUUUUAAAGUUGUUACUCUUGUUUUACAUUGGAAAAAAAAUCAACUGUGCUGUUUAAGAAAUAAUUACAAUAUACAACAGCAAUUAAAUACAUUCUUCAGUUUCCUUUUUCUGUGUCCUAAUAAUAACUUUUUUUAAUUACACCUGUCCUGUUGUCCAAGUCCCUGUAAGGUAUAGAGCAUGCUAGGGUAAUAGUGCUGUUGUAUACCAAAGUACGCUUUCUCCUCUAGGGGCUUACAUGCCCUUGUAUGGAUUUGGGUGUGACCCCCUCCAAUGGAUAAUGGCUUAGCAACCUAUAGUUAAACUUCUCCGUAGUGCCCUAACAACUAGGUGCUGUGGCCGGGGAGACUGGGGUAAAGCAUGCCUUGUUUCUAGAUAACCAUGCAAAAAGAGGCCAAAUGUUUAGGAAUAGGACCUCAUUGAUAGGUAGCAAAUUUUUUGGGACAUUGUGUUUCUCAAUUGCCUACACAUUUUUCACUGUUUUCUUACAUGCCUAUAACAACGAUAAUCAAAUGCUUUGAUAAAUCUUUUUAAUGUAGGCAUUUUCUUGUUUUGAUCUUUUUAGCCCCAUUUUUGCCAAACUUGAAAUACAAUUAGUGUUUUUUUCGCUGAUCAUACACAAACACAAAAAACUAAUUUGUUCUUAUGAAAACAAACAUUGUUCUCAUAUUCUGGCAGUGUUUAGUGUCAUGAACAUCUAUUCCCAUAUUUUAUUUUUGGUUGUUUGUAUUUUAAUUGAUAUAAAAUUCUAUAAAACUUUUGUCUAUUA